CGAACAUACACACACACUGACACACUGACACACACACACACACACACACACACACGCAGCACGUCCAAGAAGGAGGGAGCUUAUUCAGAACUCUCUAGAAAAUAAAAUUAUCAUUCACAUCCUGAUGAACGGACAACAUGCUGAAACACAAACUGAGUUUUAAGUGGUUCGGGAGUCUGGGUAAUCUUUCCUUUCGUCGCAAGUCGGACGCAGGGAAGGAAGCAUCCACCAAGUGUGAGGAGAGGUCAGUGGACGAUGACGACAUGCGCCCUCGCUGCCCGAGCUACGCCCGCUCCAGCGAGAUGUACACCCACAUGGGCACCAUGCCUCGCCCUCAGAAAAAGAAAGAUAAGAGCGUCAAAGCUAAAGGUCAGGAAACCAAGAGUUUUAAAACUAAAGCAAAGACAAAGAGCAGCAACUUGAACCGGAGUCAGAGCAUGAGAUGUUCGGACCACGUGAUCGAGUCGCCUCUCCUCAGUGUUCUCAACAGCAAAGCGCUCUCCAGCCUGCAGGAGAACCACGCAAACAACAAGCUCACACAGGAACCCCAGAAAGCUGAGAGCAAGAGAGAAGCUGAAGCUCUGAGCACCGAGAAGAUCCAUAAAGGACCAGACAACAUGCCUUCAAAACCCGAGGAAAAUCCAGAUCCACCUCCGGAUGCUCUCCAGGAGAAACCGGCGCUGCCGAGGAAGGGCAGUCUGCCUGUCAAGAUCCCUGCGGAGCUGCAGAAGGAGAAGACUUCCAAACUCACUGGACGUCAGGAAGAGGAAAGAAAAACAAGUCCAGAUGUUGAAAGUCAAAAGGGAACCACAGACAAUGAAGGAGAGUAUGUAGAGUUCUCCAAGGAGAAGUACCUGUUGGAGUCUCCCCCAGAGAAGUUGAGGAAGGAGCUGGAGGAGGAACUGAAACUCAGCAGCAGCGACCUGAGGAGUCAUGGCUGGUACCACGGCCACAUCCCACAGGAGGUGUCGGAGACACUGGUUCUGCGCAGCGGGGACUUCCUGGUGCGAGACUCUCUGGCCAGUGCGGGUGAUUAUGUGAUCACGUGUCGCUGGCAGCAGGAAGUGGUGCACUGUCGCAUCAGUAAGGUCCUGGUGAAGAGCGGACAGAGCAAGGUCCAGUACCUGCUGGAGAACGAGACAUUUGACUCGCUGCCCACUCUGAUCCGGCACCACGCUGGAACCGGCCGGCCCGUGUGCCAGCGCUCCGGCACUCAGCUGCUCUGCCCCGUCAACCGCACUCUGCCCCUCAGGUACCUGGAGGCUACCUUCGCCCUGGCCAGCGGGAGAUCGGGGACGCCUUCGCCGUCCGCUCAGCGGGGGGCGCACAUCAAGAGACGCAGCGUCACCAUGACGGACGGUCUGACCACUGAGAAGAUCAUCCCACACAGUCCAUCCACAGUUCACCAUAAAGACGCUAUGAGGAACUGUGCGCUCAGUAUGGAUCAGAUCCAGGAGAUGCGCUGUCCUCUGUCCCCUGUAGGAGAAGCUCCUCUCUCACCUGCCUACACCGCCAUUUCCCGUCACAGACAUGGCUCGGGUGGGCGUGUCUUGGCUGUCAUUCCACCUUCGCCAGUGAUGCGUCGCUCCAGCGAGCCCCGCCUUUCGCCUUCCUCCUCCAAUAACAAUGUUCCGUGCUCAGACACGCCCCCCAGCGCUCACGGCUACCCCUCGGACGGCUUGGAAGGAGGGGGCAGUUACUGCGAGUUGAGGCCGGGCCAGCCCCCGACGCCUCCAUCUAAGAGCUACGUGGAGAGGCUGAGGGUGGAGGACGGCCGAGUGCCAGGCUCCGCCCCCACCGACGGAGGAGAGAGCUCCACACUGCCUCUGGUGGAGAACAGUUCAUGCUUCAGACCCGGGCAGUACCAAUCAGCCCUGCUUCCUGCAGAGAAUAAGCCCCUGGAGAUGGGGGUCCUGAAGAGGGUGAAGGAACUGCUGGCUGAAGUGGACCCGAAAACAGCAGCCAAUCACAUCACCAAGGCCGACUGCACGGUUGCUAGGAUACUGGGCGUUACCAAGGAGAUGCAAAGGAUGAUGGGAGUGGGUUCGGGGCUGGAGUUGCUGACUCUACCGCAUGGCCAUCAGCUGAGACUGGACCUGCUCGAGAGGUUCUACACCAUGUCCAUCAUGAUGGCAGUUGACCUGCUGGGCUGUACGGGCAGCACGGAGGAACGAGCCGCUCUGCUCUAUAAGACCAUCCAACUGGCAGCCGAGCUGAAGAGCACCAUGGGAAAUAUGUUCGGAUUCGCCGCCAUCAUGAGAGCUCUCGAACUCCCACAGAUCUCUCGGCUGGACCAGACGUGGAUGACUCUGAGGCAGAGACACACAGAGGGAGCGAUCUUAUACGAGAAGAAGCUGAAGCCCUUCAUGAAGGGAUUAAACGAAGGCAAAGAGAGCUCUGUGCUGUCGAGUACGACUUUCCCACACGUGGUGCCCGUGUUGUGCCUGUUAGAGAAGGGCGUGGCCGUGGGGGAGGGGCCAGAGCCGUGGGAUACCUCCGAAUGGGGCGUGGACGUGGUCAUGAGCCAUCUAGAGGCAGCACGUAGCAUUGCACACCACGGAGGCCUGUACCGCACCAACGCCGAGAGCAAACUGCACGACUUCCAGGAGAGAGAGGAAGUGUCGGAGAUCUUCUGUACGGAAUUCCAGAUGAGGCUGCUCUGGGGAAGCCGAGGGUCCGAGGGGAGUCAGAGCGAACGCUACGAGAAGUUCGACAAGGUCCUCACAGCUCUUUCACACAAGCUGGAGCCUCCUGUACGCCACAGCGAGCUAUAGCACCACCCACACCCCCGCCUGGCACAGUGGAACUGUCCGUCUUCUGGGAGAGACCAUUAUACAGACCGAGGGGAACGAAGGAGGGAGUGGCAACAAAUCAAAUCGAAUCGGCGGAUAAGGCACAAAAAGGGGGCGGGGCUUAUCCAGGCGCCUCGUAUCAUCUGGAACGCAGAACCUGUGGCAGGGGCGGAGCUUAAUAUCCUGACACCAAAAUCCCUUUUCUGACUCGGGUGAUGAGGGAUUGAGGAACAUCUCUCAAUCUGCAUGAUCAUCACUCCGUGGUCCCGAUGCUCAGAGCGACGAAAACGUCUUCACGUGUUGCCAAAAUCUCAACAACCACUUUCUCAUUUUUAUACAUUUUUAUGAUUAUUUUUAUUAUUAUGUGUUUAUUUUGAUUUCUGAAUACAAGGAGCAAUAUGUGGCAACCCACACACACACACACACACACGUACAGAAUGCUGUGGAGUUCCCAGCCUCACUGUGGGUGAGUGUGUGCGUUUGAGAACCUCACCCUGGACCUCACUCUGGUUCCUGCUGGAGAUCUCACCACAAAUCCAAAAGACUGUUGAAGAUCUCAGCCAUGUUCCUGAUGGUGACUGUGACAAAGAACCUGGAUCUAGAGCCUGGGUUUAGUUGCAGAUCCCUCACCCUGGUUCUAGGUAAAGAGUUGAGGAUAUCUAUUGAACAUCUCAUCUUGAGUACUUCAGAGAAUUAUACCCUUCAUCCUGGGAAAUAUUUUACAGUGUUCACUGUUGAAGAUCUCACCUCUCAAGUCCUCUCAAUUCGUGUGGAAGAUCUCACGCUAGUUCUAGGUCAAGUUGAACAUCUCACCAUGGUUCCUGUUAAAGCUCCUCCCCAGAUUCUUUUUACCGAGAUCUCACUCUGGAACGCGUUGAAGAUAUCUCCUGUAUGGACUCUGAUGUGGACGUGCUGCAUGUUGCUCCUUUUCUCCUGUCACGGCUUUACAGCAAGCGAAGCCUGGAGAGAAACUGUGAAGAGUCUAAACCUGGUGUGUGUGUGUCAUUUUCUCCAUUUGACUGUGUGUGUGUGUGUGUUUGUGUAGGAGGCCUUCAGGAUAAAGUCCAGUGUAAUAACUGGAUUGUGUGAAUUUCCUCUCUGUUACAGUUUAUCAUGAUCAUUUUAAUUUAUGUUCAUCGAUUGAGACGCUUUUCAUUUCCCUGUCCCGUCUCUGCGCAUGCGCCACACUGGAACCCUGAAGCAUUAAGUAAAAAAAAAAUAAUAAUAAUAAUAUUUUUAAAAAACAAUAACAGUCUUUGUUUAUUUUUUUUAAAGGGCAGUGAGAAAAAGAAACACUGUUCGUUCUCCGUUUUUUAAUUUAUUCAGCUUUAAAGCCACAGAGCUCCACCCACUUCAGGUUAAUCAGAUAUACCUCUUUCUCUCUCUCUCUCUCUCUCUCUCUCUCUCCUCCUCCUCCGAUUAUUAUUAUUAUUAUUAUUAUUAUUAUUAUUAUUAUUAUUAUUCCCAGCCCUGAUAAUAAAUUAAAACGCCUUCUUUAUUUAUUUAUUUUAUUAUUAUUAUUAAGUUCUAGACUUCUGAUGAGCUCGAGAUCAGCAUCUGUUUAUCCAACUUCAUUCCCAAACUUUAUUAAACAUACAAACACCUUGUUCAGGCUCUAUUUCAGGUCAUUUUCUUUGUAUAUUAAAGACAAACUUAUAAAAAUAUAAUAAAAAGCAAUCCGCGGUGCGAGGAGGAGGACCGGAGGAGCUCUGUGUGCAAUUCCACUAUCAGCCACAAGAGGGCUCUGUACAGCAAGCAAAAAAAAAAUACACAAACUAUUUCUGUUAUUUUUUUAUUUUUUUAAUUUUUUUUUUAUAAAAUAAGCAAAAGAGGCAUGGCAAAUUUGCACCAACAUGGAUUAAAAAUAUUAAAGCGUUAAUUAAUAAAUUGAUAAUUAAUAAAUAGUUAAUAAAACUGCGGUAGAAAUUAGGGUAAAAAAAAUUUAAUUACAACGUUUUAAAAAAUUAAAAGAUUACAAAGUUGUCAUAGACAUAUUUUAUAUUUUAAGAUUUUUUCAAAUAUUAUUUAAAAUAUAUAUAUUUAAUUUCCAUCAUUUUUCCCUGAAUAAAUUGUCCACGUUGGUGCAAACUCACGCUCAGAGUCAUUUCUACCAAAUUUUCUUGCAGUGUUUUUUUUUCUUGUACUGGUUUGACUGGGAUGAGGUUUGUGUCGGUGGUGUAAAUAAAGGAUGGACUCUCUGAUAGACGACACUGAGUUUAAAGCUGAGCUGGUCGCAUCUUCUUUUCUUAUGUGCUGUACAUAUGAGUAUGUGAUAUGUUUUUCAAUCUUUUUUCCAGGAAAUAAAAUACAGUAAGUUUG